AUGCCUUUUUACAUAUAUUUUCCUUGCUGCUUUUUCUUUUCUUCUAUUUCUUCUUCAUUAUUUGUUUUCAACUUUUUUCUUUCCUUCUUAUUUUCCCUAUUUUAUUAUAUUCAUCUUUCUUUAAUUCCUUCUUAUUCUCUCUCACCUUUUUCUUCUUUCUUUAUUUUUUCUUUUCAUUUUAGCAUUCUCGCAAAGUUUCUCUUCAUUUUCUUCACUUCGUUUUUCUUUCUUUCUUUUCUCUUUUUCUACUUUUCUUCUUCCUCAUUUGCGUUAUAUUUUCUCUAUUUUAUUCGACUUUCUUUUUUGAAUAUCUUUCUUUUUUUUUCGUCUAUUUACCUUUCUUUCUUUCUUUCUUUCUUUCUUUCUUUCUUUCUUUAUUUUCCUUUACUCUUUCUUUACCAUAUUUAUUUGUCUUCUUUCGUUUUAUUCAUCUUCUUCAUAAAUUAUUCAUUCCGGUUUCGUUUUGCAAUCCCCAUCUUGAUUUAUACGCUUACUCCCCUUUAUCUCCUUGUUCACUUUCUAUUUUUCUUUCUUUUUUUAAAUUCUUUCAUUAUCUAUUUGUAUUUAUUGGUUAAUUUCACAUCUAUAAAACUGAAGUUGUCUCAGUUUUUUCCUUAUUAUGUAAAUAUUUUCUUAUCUAUCUAUCUAUCUAUCUAUCUAUCUAUCUAUCUAUCUAUCUAUCUAUGUGGCCUUCUUUGUCUGUUUAAUAUAUUAUAUUUAAUUUCAUUAGUCUUCAAAUUUGUCAAUCUGUCUGCCUGA